AUGGAUACCCAGGCCACUGAAUAUGAAAGACGGGAUGCAACCGAGGACGAUGUCAAGACUCUACCCCAUGUUGUAGACUCGAUCCCUUUCGUUGUUUGGAUAGCUCUUGUAGCUAGUGCGUUGGAAGGAUUCACGUACUAUGCCGUCACCGCAACGAUGAUUGCUGCUGCUCCCGUUUUCUGGGUUGCAUUUAGGAAUUAUGACAAGAUCGAUGAUGAUGAACUGAAUGCGGCCAGGUUGGUGGAGCCGGAUAGCCAGGCGAGAUGGAAGAGACUACUACCAGGGCACAUCUACAGGAGAGACAUAUCUGUGGCUAAACGCUUUGGGCUGCGUGUUGACAACACCGCCAUGGAUUCAUAA